AACAUGUCAGAAAAGCAAAUUGAGAAAAAUGCUCCUCAGCAAAUGAUCAUAUUUUAUUAAAAAUCUCUACAUGGUAUUUCCAGUUUCUUCUCUUUGUGAGUAUGUGUGAGUUUUAUUAUGUGGUUUUAAAUAUAAAAAAUGCCGAUUGUGCGAGCUUCUCUAAUUACCCGAAUCAAGAAAAUGACAGCAGAAGAUGAUUUCAAUGAGGAAGAAAAAAAACCACCCAUAACUUUAAAACGAAUUGAAGAAAGACGAACGUCACUUCUACGAAGAAAAAGCUCAGUUUUUGGAACAGAGCGAAAAAGUUUGGUAAGUGUUAGCAGCGGCUCAAGCAAUGCUUCCGUUAUUAACGAACUUAAAUUAAACAUAUCGUUUCAAUUAAUUUGUGCUUUUGGUAAUCGUGAGGUGUAUUUUAAACAUGAUGGAAAUCGUUUCACAGAGAAGCACACAAUAAAAUUAGCAACAGCUACAGAAUAUAAUAUAAGAAUGGAAAUUGAACCCAGCUUGAAACUAAAUUUUAUUAAGAUUGCAAAUAAAGAAUGCUCAUUUAAACCCAUAAAUAAACGCGACAACGAAGACAAGUCUAAGUAUCAAGUUUCAUGGUCAACCGUCGGGGUCAAUUCAACAGAAAGACGUCACCGAGCAAACGUGCCGUGUGUUAUUAAAUUUAAACAUUACAAGCAAUUAAAGUUUAUGCUUCAAACAAAAUUUUAUACAGAAACUGAACUCAAACGUAUUCGUGUCGGAGUAAAACUGAAAUCUGUUGUUUUAGAAUGCACUGUUGGUCGUGGUACUAUUGAUUCUGUAGUUGAUAGCAUAUUAAUGAAUUAGUUAAAGGGAAUUUAAACAGUUGUUAAAAAGCCGAAUGUUUAUCACUUUUAAUUUAACGUAUUGCGUAAUUAGCAUAUUGAUACAUACUUGAAACGCAUGAUUAACUUUUAUAAUCAAAAACCCGUACGAAGUCAAUAAAAAUAAUACUCGAAAAUUGAAAUACAGUAUAUCAAAUUAAAAUACAGUGUGUCUAUUUUUAUAGAAACUAAAAUUACUCGAAUCCUUGAUUGGUUUUUAACAUUUUUUUAAAUAGUUUUUAAUAGAUCGAUCUUAUUGUUUGUAAAAUGUUUUUAAAUGUUCACAUACCAUGCUAUAAGAACAUUAAAAACUAUUAGACAUAUUUAAAAUAAAAUAAAGACAUAUAUAUAUAUAUAUAAUAUAAUAAAAUUUAUUGGAAAUAUGACUUAAAUUAAGUAUUGGAAAAGUGGUGCCGAAACAUUUUUUAUUUAUUUUGUUUUCUCUU